CUGCCGCCGUCGUCCAGCCGGCCGCCGCCCGUCCGCCCGACAAGCCGGCUCGGCGCUCGUCCGGCGGCCGCACCCUCCCACUCAUCCAGUAGCCGCGGCGCUGCCUUUAUUCCAGGAGGGGCGCCCCUGCCGAGCGGUGAAACCCCACCCUGCCCAAAUCCGUCGCCAAGCCACUGGCGUCCCCGAUGGAGACAUUUCCGCCGCCUCCGAUUCCUCCGCUGCCCGCGAAUGUCUCCUCCGCUCCGCCGCCGCCGCCGCCGCUUCUGCAUCAGCAGGCCGGGUCUGCUCCUGCGCCGGCAACGCUCCUGGUGCGGCACCUCCCAGAGGCGAUCACUCAGGACAUGCUCGCCGGGCUCUUCUCCCGCUACGGCGCCACAUCCUUUCGCCCAUGCGGUGGAAAGUUGAGGAACUGUGCGUUUGUGGAUUUUAGGGACGAGAUGGCGGCCAAUCAGGCGCAGUCUCAGUUGAACAGGUAUGCAUAUCCACCACCAGAUGGAAACAUAUUGAACAAUAUUGUCAACUCUCUCAUUGCCGUUCCCCGAUUUUACAAUCAGGUGUUGCAUUUGAUGAACAAGAUGAACCUUCCAGCUCCAUUUCGGAUGGCAUUGCCUACUCCACCUCUACCAUCACAAGGGCCUCUUCCUCCUCCCCCUCCACCACCGCAGCCUUCUAUGACAGAGAAACUUCACUUGGCUGAUUUGUCUAGUGAUGAGUCUGAGAUGGAGUCUUCUGAUGAAGAUGUUGAUACAAGGGAAGUCAAGCGCGCAAAGCAUGAAGCUAUUGUUGGUCCUGCAGUUGAUAGAAGUGUCGCUCAUGAAUCGGUCGGGGUGAAACCAGUUGCAUUAGUUCCCAAUGAGCUUCAAGUAAUAAAAAAGAAAAACCCAGUACUGCAGAUAAAAAUUGUCCCUAAGGCUGCUUAUAAGGAACUUGCUGAUCGGAGUAUUAUCGACAAGGAAUUGGCCUCUAGAGAUGAACAACUUGAAGAAAAACAUUUUGCCACACCUCAGGAAAUAGAGAAAGAGAAAUUACCGACGGAGGAGAUUUUGUCCCUUCCCAUGUUCAAGAAUUACACUCCAGGGAAUCCUGCCAGUGUAUUAUAUAUUAAGAACUUGGCAAAGGAUGUUGUUCAUGAUGACUUCUACUAUGUCUUUGGAUCUGUGUUUGAAAGCUUGGACGCUGCAAGAUCUGGCUUAAGUAUAAAGUUAAUGCAGGAAGGUCGAAUGCGGGGCCAAGCUUUUGUGACGUUUCCAUCUCUUGAACAUGCUCAACGCGCACUGAUCAAUAACACUGUGGGACGAUUUGGAGGAGAGGGGGAAAUGAGGAUGAGAACAAUUUGGAGCGCCCUUUAUGGCCAUAGAGGGUCGGAUGACAACUCUGUUAGAGUGACCUUUUUGACAAAUAUCAAGGGUUGGAGUAGAGCCCAAAUAUUCAGGUCUGUACUUAUCCUCAUUUCCCCCUCUCCUCCAAAUCUUCCUUGGCAAGACUCCUCCAACUGUCCAACACACGCGCAAUCCUCAAACCCUAGCUCCUCCGAUCCAAACACCUCCUGGUCCCUCGGUCCAUCCACCAUGGCAUCGCCUGCCGGUGAUGACAGCCACCUCUUCGCCGGUGUCCACAUCCUCCUCAUCGGUUUCGACUGCGUCUCCGUGUCCCAGUACCGGUCGAAGUUGGUGCAGAGCGGCGGCACCGACGCCAUGCAAUUUGGCGGCGGGUGGACCCACAUCGUCGUGCGCGGCCUUGUCUACGAUGACCCGGUCUGCGCGGUGGCGCGGGCGCAAGGGAAUAAGGUUGUCAGCGAGAUGUGGGUGGAUGAUAGGUUGGAUCAGGGUGUUCUUGCCGAUGCUGAUAAGGUUAUUUAUUGGCCAGCCAGAGAUUUGAAGGGAAUACCUGGUAGUGGCUCACUGCAGAUUUGCUUGACGGGGUACCAAAUGAAGGACCGCAAAGAUAUAAUGAAAAUGGUAUCUUUGAUGGGUGCACAAUUCUCCAAACCUUUGUUAGUACCCUCAGUCACUCAUCUUGUUUGCUAUAAAUUUGAAGUUUUGUUGCUUUUAGCAGACAGUCAGUGCCAUAAUUAUGCAUGGAUAGUUCAUUUUCGUUUUGUUGUUUUUCCUUCCGCGGUUCUUCGUUGCUGUUUCUUUGUAGUAGUGAACAUGCAUUUGCAAGCGCUGACAUAUUUUUUUAUUUCCUACUGUUAUUGGUAGAUUUUUGUUUUAGAUGUGAUGUUAGUUUUGUUGCCAAGAAUUUAACUCUAUGGACGAGUGGGAAUCUUAUACCCAAAUUGACAUUUUGGCGUCAGUGACAUUUUUCCCUCAUGUUUGUCAUCACAUUAGGAUUUUGGUGAACUAGUUCGUGUAUAGAAGUCGUAUGAUAUCUUGAGUUUAAAACUUAAAUGAGCAAUAAUUAAAAAUAAUCCCAGCAACUUGGCUUCACGUUUUAGGCUAGAGGGAACCAAGACUUAAAGUGGCAAUGUUGAAGUAAGAAUCUUUGAUGUCAUUUGGUGGUUGAACACAUAGAUGGCAUCGCAGUGUGAGUCUUUGCUUUUCUUGUCUUUAUGUGACCCAUAUAAAAAGUUAUCUCAUGAUCAUACAGCCUUUGGCAUGAGUGAUGUACCAAAUGGGAUGUGUUUUUGCUCCUGAUCUUUUUCCCUUUUUCCAGUUUUGUUUUUUGGGCCUUUCUAGUUUGAACUGCUGGUUUCUGAUAAUACAAAUCGGAGAGGAAAUUCUCUUUAUAGAAAGAGAGUGUUGGUGUACAGUGAUGAACAUAUGAGAAGUUCUAAUAUGUGCGUGUAUAUGUCAUGAUGCUCUUUGCAUAGUCUAGAAAGCCUCUGGUGAAAAAUAGGCUUCUCGGUAACUUAAAAUAAUUCACAAGAUGCCUAUCGAAUGUAUGUUUCGGAAAUUUCUAUGUGCGUGUAUAUGUCAUGAUGCUCGAAAGUUUUUGUAUAUGCUCCUUAAAUGCAACAUCACAGUUCUUCAAAUGAACUAGGUGAGAAGUACAAGUGUGCCGAAAGGUUGGGCAUCAAGAUUGUUAAUCACCGUUGGUUGGAGGAUUGGUAUUACACAACAGCUUUUGUUUAUAAUAUAAGCUCACAUAUUAAAUAUCAUUAUAUUGCUGAUUUUUCCUUUAUUUUUAUUCGGUUUUGCUAAUUUACAGUCGGCUGUUUUGUAAUUCGCUGACGUUUGAAUUUCUGUCUGUUUGAUCUCGCGUCGAGAUUCGCGCUCGGUCCUGCUCUUUUGUGCUGGUUUUCGGGUCGCUUUUGUUUAUCAGGCGCGGUUUUCUCCAUCCGCCCGUUUUUCCUUGACCCGGCCGAACCGGUGGGCACUGUAGGUUUUUGUCCCUUUUGAAUUUGGAGCGGGGUGUCGUUCCCCUUUCUCAUUUGGAUAAGGCAGAGGGAGUGAGAGCUCGAGCGGCGGCGGAGGGCGAGGCGAUUCCCCGUGUUCAUGGCGAUUUGGAGUUCAUCCGCCCUAGGAUUUUGACGGCAUCCUCUUCGUUCUCGUCGCCCGCGGCUGCGCUGGUUUGUUGCCCUGUCUUCUCGCGCUUUUGUGCUUGCUUUUCGUGGCCAUGUAGUUCCAGAUCUAGGUGAUUUUUGGGUUCGCGGAUCCGCGGGAUGUGUAUGUUUCUGGCGCGGUGUUCUCCAUGCCCGUGAUGUGUGUGUGUUUUGUGCGCGCGUGAAUUUCUGAUAGGAGCCUUCAGUGUGCCACACGUAGUCUUCAUGCCCGAGGUGUGUGUGUUCCUGCAGAUGUGGAGGAGCGCCCGCCUUAGGGUUCUAGUUGUUGAUGUGUAGGUAUGCGUAGAGGAUAGUUUUUCCUGCAGAUGUUGUGGAGGUAUACGUAGUUGGUGUUAGUUUUCAGCUGCGGAUCCCGUAGCUUGUGUCUGUAGUUCGAGUUGUGGCUAGAGCGCCUGAAUUUUGUGAUGUUUGUGUCGUUUUUGUCCGCUGUUGUUCAUCUCGGUGGCUUACUGAUCAACUCUAUGUAUUUUUUGUUCAUUUUUGUUCUGCACUUUUCCUGAAUUACAUGCUUGUUUUUAUGUAUUUCCACCAUGAUAUGAGUGUACAUAAUAUCAAGGGUCUGCAGAUUUAUGUGCAUGAAGUUCUGCUGUGCAUUUUUCUCACCCUUUUUUAGUUCACAUAUAUGCUCACUGUAUUUUGUCCUGUAGAGGGUCACUGCUACCUUAUGUGUCAUGCCGUGGUCUUGUGUUUUUCUUGUGGAUGCAGUCCAAAUCCUGUGCCCUCCCCAGUUAGGUUGUUAUUGUUGAUGUGUAUUUUUAUGUGUCCUAGAGUUGAUGUGGAAGUAGGCGUAGUAGGCAUUUAAGUUUUAGUGGUGGAUCCUAUAGCUCCUGUCUCUGAAUUCCGAGUUCUGGUUUGUAGCCACUGUAGGCCCUGAAUUUUGGUCAUCUUUGUAACGUUUUCUCGUCUCUUGCCCGUGGUUUCGUGGCCGUGUAGUCUCAGAUCUAGGGGAUUUUGUGGAUCCGCAGAGUUUGUUUGCCAUGGUGUUUGUAGUCUGCCGUGGUUGUGGCGUCGGAGGUUGCAGCGUGCCAUGCGCAGUCCGCCGUGUCUUCCUUUUCCUGCUGUGGACGGAGGCCAAAUUCCUCCUGGUUAGGAUCCCAUAGGACAUUUUUUGGAGGCAGUGUUGUGGCUGUUUGAUGUGGAGGUAGGCGUAGAACGCUAGAUUUCCCUUGCUGUUGAUGUGGAGGUAGGUGUGGUAGGGUUUAGUUUUGAGGGGUGGAUCCAGUAGAUGUUGAACUCUGAAGGAUCGAGUUCAGUGAUUUCGCGCUCAGCAUAACCUUGUCAUUGUUGAUGUGGAGGUAGGUGUGGUAGGGUUUUGUUAUACUGUAAAUUAGUGUAACUGAGAUUUUUUUCAGAGUUGGUCUACAGUUCCUAUAUAGAGCCUUUCUGCAGUUUUAAGUGUUUCAGUGUUUCUCGUUUUAUAGCCUGAACCUUAUCACUGUGUAAGCUUUUUCCCUCUAAUUACCGUGGGGAUAGCUUGUCUUUUUAUCAUUUUCCCCUACAGUCUCUUCAUGUAGCUACCCUGUUGUGCAUCACACAGUAUUUUUCACCGGUAAUUACUAUGUAGUUUUGGGUGGUAGUUAUACCAUAAAUUACAUAGUAAUUUGACCGAUAAUUUCUGUGAAAUUAUAGUGUAAUCCUAUCCCAUGAUUUACUGUCUAGUUCGACUGAUGUUUACUCUGUAGUCCGAUGCCCCCUUUUUACACAGUAAUUUGACUGAUUUUACUGUGUAAUUUGUGUGGUAGUUACACUGUAAUCAUAUUCCAUUUACACUAUAAUCUGUCGCGAUUUUGCACAGUAUUUUUUACCCCAUAAUAACUGUGUAAUUUGUAUUCUAGUUACACUGUAAUCUGAUGCAUUUUUGCACCGUAAUUUCUCCCGUAUUUUAUUUGUGUAAUUUGCAUGCUAGUCACCCUAUGAUUUAUGCAUGAGUGGCCUCGCCGUUCACCCCUUUUUGUUGUGCAGCCCUACAGUCUUUGAUGUUUUUGUUGAAAUCUGAAUGAUCCCAUGACUUCUGUUCAUCUAUUUUCUGAACCUUAGUAAGCAGUCGAUGGAUAAGUUUGUGCAGUCUUGAUUUUUGUGAAACCUUUGUGGUGCUUUUUGACCACUCAUGUGUGGUGGCUGAUGCUUGAUCUGCGAGUAAACUAGUCAUAUGUUUUUGGCAGCAGAUGCUCUUGCUUGUGUGAAUUACUACUUCAGAAGUUCUUUGGGAAUUUGUCUGUCAAUUUUGGUUCUGUUAAUAACUCUGAGAUUUUGUCUUCCUAGUUUGUUCAAUAUCACCAUCACUGUUGUAUCUAGUGGCGUGAGGCUUGUAAAAUAUCUAUACAUCACGUUUUCUGUUGAAGGUUGUUUUGUCGCGUGCAUCCAAUUCACAAGCCUGCUGCCUUUGCAUUGUAAUAUGUUGCGCUUUUGCAUUGUAACUGUGUAAUUUGUAUGCUAGUUACAUUGUAAUCUGAUGCGUUUUUACACUGUAAUUUCUCACGUAUUUAUUGUGUAAUUUGUAUGCUAGUCAGCCUGUAAUUUCUCUUAUGUAUAUUUUGAGGCCCAUUUU